GAGUACACCGCUGAGUCGCAGCGCACAGGCGUGAUUGCCCGCAAGAAGGGUAUGACGGCGAUGUGGGACGAGUGGGGCGUGCGAGUGCCUGUGACUGUCCUGCAGCUCGACAAGGUGAAGGUGGUGAGCGUGGUGCAGACCAGCAACGCAUCGCACGCGCGCAUGCAGAUCGGGUUCGGCGAGAAGCGCGAGAAGGCCGUGUCAAAGCCGCUUCGCGGACAUUUCGCCAGCCAGGGAGUGGAGCCGAAGCGCAAGCUGUUUGAGUUCCCGGUGUCGCCCGACGCAGUGUUGCCGGUGGGCACAGAGAUCACGGCAGCGCACUUUGUGCCGGGGCAGCUGGUGGACUGCACGGCGCCGAGCAAGGGAAAGGGCUUCCAGGGAGUCAUGAAGCGCUGGGGCUUUGGCGGAGGCCGGGCGUCGCACGGUAACUCGCUGGCGCACAGAACGCCUGGAUCGACAGGUAACAUCAACCCGGCACGCGUGUACCCGGGAAAGAAGAUGCCUGGACGGAUGGGUGGCAAGAACGUUACGAUGAUGCGGCUGCCAGUGAUGAAGGUCGACACGGCGCUGAACUGCAUCUGGGUCAAGGGCGCCGUGCCGGGUCCCACUGAGCAGUUCAUCAAGGUGCGUGACUCGAUCAAGAUCAUCAAGCACCAGGUGUUCCCCGAGGGCGCCAGUGUUCCGUUCCCCACCUACAUC